GCUGACUUCCGGCUCCGCCGGCGGCAGCCUCAGGAGCCGCCGGUAACUGACCUGUUUUCGUUCACACAUUCAUUCCGCUCUCAGCCCCUCGUUGACGGAUGCUAACAGUAAGCGAGCGAUGAUAUAGCAGGCAUCGUGCUAAAUGCUUUAACAGCGAUCCCGGCUACCGAUACAUACACCACCAGUCUGACAUUUAAACAGAAGCCGUCCGGCUUUCGCAACUCGAGUAAGUCGGGUCAACAAGAAGAACUUACUGGAUUUCAGGUCUCAGAACGUUCCCUGAAAGGUGCCAAGUACAGUCUCUACCCUAAAGACCUGGUGUAAGCUGGCACCCGACGCUCCGGAGGUGGGCACAGAUCAGGAGUCAGGCCAACCUCAGCUACGUGAGACACUGUCACGUAAAUAGAAAUAAAACAACACGCACACACACGCACAGGCUGUAGUGUGAGAAAAAACUAAGGACAACCACAACCUAGUGAAGUACUACGGCAGUUCCUAACAACGGCUAAGCAGGCAGUCCAUACAAACCUCUUCAAGACGAAAAGCCUGAUUGUUCUGAUGGAGCAAGUGUGCAGCCCGUUACUCUGAGACUGAGGCAGGAGGAUCACAAGCCGAAGGCCAACCUGGCGAGCUAAUGAAACCCCUAUCUCAAGUAUUUUUAAAAAGAAGGGCAGUUUUAAAGAACCAUCGUCGAGAGGAAACACUGUCGCCAUCUGAGGGGCCAGGAGGAGGAGUUUUCAAAGUUAUUUUCUCUUUAGAAUGAAGUUGGAAACAGGAUCCCCAGGUUAUCAGUAGCGUUUUGCAAGGAGACAAUGUGUAUGAAAAUAUGCAAGAAUCCCAAGAAGUCCUCAUGCCCAGCCACCUUGACGAAGUCAUUGCUGCGGUCAGUGUCACUUCUAAAAAGAGGAUCCCAAACAAGCUGCUUCAGACAGCCCUGUUUCAGCCCCCUCGAGAGAAACUCCACCUGUGCCAAGAGAGAGCAAAAUCCUGCUUGAGCAGCUGUGAGUACAAACAGGCCAUCCAGGAGCUUGUGCGCUGUGUGGCAUUGACAAGAAUUUGCUAUGGUGACUCACACUGGAAACUGGCAGAGGCCUAUGUUAAUCUGGCUCAAGGCUACCUCCAGCUGAAAGGGCUGUCGCUACAAGCAAAGCAACAUGCAGAAAAAGCGAAAGAAAUCCUGGCUAACUCCAUUGAGAGCCCCUAUCAUGACAAUACAGAUAUCUUCAAGUGUUCCAUAGAGCUCUUCCAUACCAUGGGGAGAGCCCUGCUGUCCCUUCAAAAAUUUAAAGAAGCCUCAGAGAACUUGGUAAAAGCAGAAAGACUUUCCAAGGAGAUGCUGCAAUGUGGGAACAUUAUAAAGGAGGAGUGGGUAGAAAUCCAAGCUCGGAUCAAGCUGUCCUUCGCACAGGUGUAUCAAGGUCAGAAAAGAUCAAAAGAAGCUCUGCCCUACUAUCAAAAGGCUUUGGAGUACACGGAGAUCACCAAAGACGAAAGGAGUCUCGAGUGUGUACCAGUACUAAGAGAGCUGGCUGGAGUGGAGCAAGCCCUGGGACUCCACGAUGCCGCUGUCAAUCAUUUCUCACGGGCACAUCUCAUCGUCCUGAGUAAAAAUCCCUCUCCAGAGGAGGCUGCAGACUCUGCACACUUCAUUGCCCGGGCUGCUGUUGCUUCUGGGAGGCACGACCACCAUGAUGUGGCCGAGCAGUAUUUUCAGGAAAGCAUGACUCAUGUGAAGCAUUCCGAAGGCGCAGGAAAAGCCAAGUUCCUUUCCAUUCAAGAUGAAUUUUGCAAUUUUCUGCAGAUCACUGGGCAAAAAGAAAGAGCGACCAUGAUCCUGAGAGAGUCCCUGGAAGCCAAAGUAGGAGCAUUUGGUGACUUCAGCCCCGAGGUGGCAGAGACAUACCGAGUCCUGGGCAGGGCAGACCUGGCACAGGGAAACCACAGCGCAGCACACACGAAGCUGAAGAAGGGAAUUAGGGGCCAGGGAGAAGACCCUUCAAUCACCAAAGAGUGUGUUCAGAUUGAGACGUUCUUGUAUGGAUCGCAGGACAAGAAGACCCUGGCCACCCAGCAGACCAUAGACACAUUGUCCAAGAUCUCCGAGGCUGCCACGAAGCCGAAGCAAUCUCUGAAAGCCAAGACGGCGUUGUGCGCGAGCAUCCCUCAGCACACGGUACCAGGGAAGGCCAGGCACAAUGUGGCUGACUGAUCCCCCAUGUGCCCCAAAGAAAACUCCGAGAAAGACAUGGCAUUGCUUUUAGGGUGCUGAAGAAACCUCUCUCCCACCAGGAGGUGGCAUUUAGCAGUCACUGCAGAUUUUUAAGGCUGUUUGCUCCAGCAUGCAAUAGCGGUACCACCAGUCUUCCACGUCUCAACUGUGGACGCCCUUUGGGGUGACUGGUGCUUUGGUUAUUUUUAUUUGUGUCACUUUGCUCGUUUCUCUCACCAAGGAGAACCCCCCCCCAUCAUCCCUACUGUGCCUGAAAGACUCUUAGGAAGUUGGAGCUUCCUGCAGGAAAGAGACCUGCCUCUGACUGCAGGCAGAGCCCCUGCACAACCCAGAGCUGCCUCCCGGGUAGCGAUACUGCACAAAGCCUUCCAUAUAGGAAAGUAAUAGGAACUGAGAAGAAAAUGCAAUAAAGAGAAACCUGUGCUGGUGUCA